AUGAGUACUGCUUCUUUAACUCUUUCUCUCCCCUUCUUUCACGCUCCUUCUAGACGCAAUUUUCGCGCGCGUCCAACUCACUCUCCGAAGACCUUCUCACCACACUCUCCAUUCAAAAUCAAUCACCAGAGAACUCUCCGGCAACAACAUUCAAUAAUCAUGUCUUCAUCAAUCUCUCAACCUCCGACAAUAACCGAACUCGCCGUAGAUUUCCAGAAGCUUCUGUCUCCCUCCUCCGGUCUCAUCUCCAUUUGCGGCUUCGGUUCUCUACUCUCCGAGAGAAGCGCGAAAAGCACAUUUCCUGAUCUAGUGAACUUUAGAGUUGCGAGAUUAAACGGAUUUAGACGCGUCUUUGCUCACGUGGCUCCUAUUUUCUUUGAACGCGGCAUCGCCAAGCCUGAAACUAAGGAGAUUUCUAGCUUGAGCGUGGAGCCUUGCGAAGGUGAAACUCUUAUAGUUACAGUUUUUGAGAUCGAUAAAUCAGAGAUUCCUGCUUUUAUGGAGAGAGAACUUGAGUUCCGAUUUCUAGCAGUUGUGCCUGAAACACUUGAUGGCAAGCCAUUUGAUAGUCCAGCGGUGCUUUGCGCGCGCUACAGUGAUGAGGAAUUUUUCCGGAUUAGAUGUAAAGGAAGUAAAGAGACUUAUUUUCAGCAUUAUGGAAGAUAUGGCAUUUCCAAGAUCUGGAGAGAUGAUAUCUUACCUUGCCGUACUUAUCUUCGACACUGUGUAUUAGCAGCAAAGAAUCUGGGAAGUGCAGCUCACAACAACUUUUUGGAUCACACUUUUCUUGGGGAUCGUAAAACAACCAUCCGCAAGUAUCUAGCAACAACAGGUGCAGGUAUAAUGGAAGAAGAGCCCCCUGAGUCCCUCAAGACCCGCUAUGGUGGCUGAUGACAUGACACUAAAUAGCAGGGACAUACGUCUAUGAAGGAUUAUUGGAUUUCAAGAUUGGUUGGAUCAAAUGUUAUAUUCCCUGUUAUCUCUGAUAAGGCAAAUAAAAAAGCUGUAAAUUAAAUGUUUUUGUAUUGUUGAUUCAUGAGGAAUGCAAGUUGAUAAAGUGAUCUGGUCAAUAAAGUUUUUGGUCUCUUUCCAAGUUA